CGACUCCGGCAACCCAUUCAGUUUGCUUCUUUUACUUCUUGUCCUAUUUUAAGACAUGUACUAUACUUUACUAUAUAUAUUCUAUUUCAAUUACUUUUGACUUUUUUACUUGAUCGACUCAACACAAUUUUACUCGCAGAAUACGUUUCAACGAUCUCCGGGAGUCUUGUGACAUCGGGCAACGUCAUUGCGUCGAUCACCAAAAAACUGCUUCAAGGGAGUGGACCCGAUGUGAAACAAAGUGAUGAGGAGUUCUUUGCAAGAGUCGAUCAAAAGGAAAUGACUCCAAAAGAUCGGGACCACUAUUGUCGAGUAGUAGUGGAGUACAGUCAGACGGAGUGUUCUCACAUUCAUGGUCUUGAGCUAUUAAUUGAUGUCUAUUUAGAGCCAAUGUACAAAGAGUCGAAGAAGGUGUUAAAGAAAGAGGACUCCGAGUUUAUUACUGUUGUUAUUACACAAGUCAAGACUUUAAUAGAAGUCCACAAGAACUUUCUUGAAAUGUUCCAACAAGGACUUUUAAAAACUAAAGCCGGAGAAUUGCCAACUUUUGGUAUUGAGUUUGUCAAAAGUCUUCAGUUUUUAAAGAUGGCGUCGCAAUAUAUUGGAAAUUAUAACACGUAUGUCACACGACUCACUAAAAUACUCGAGGCCGAUCCGAUCUUUGAAAAGGUGAUUAAAAAAGCUAAAGAAAAAUACGUGACGGGAGAGAAUUUGGAAAAUUUGUCGGUGGACGCCAUUCAGCCCAUGUCAUUCUAUUUAAUUACACCAAUUCAACGAAUUCCACGAUACGAAUUACUGAUUAGAGAUAUGUUAAAGGAUGUCGGUAAAGACUUUCCUGAUUUGGAGAAUUUGAAGAACGCGUAUCUCCAAGCUAAGGAGUCGGGAAGAGGUGUUAACACCACAAGAAUGCAAAUUGAAGAGAAUGAAAAGUUCCAAUUGGUCCGAGACUUGAUUAAGGGGGAACUUGUUAUUAAGGAUCAAGCAGCAAGGAAAUUUAUUAUGGCGGGAAGCAUUUACUUUGUCGAAAAUGUCAAUACUCCACCAGUCACUUUACUUUAUGUCUUUUUAUUUAAUGAUGUCAUGCUAGAGACAUUGCCCACGACUGUUGAUGGUGUUGUAGUUGAUUGGAAUAAUCCUGAGAGUGUAAAAACGGCAUAUACCUCACUGAAUUCCAAAAGAGAUGUUAAAGAACUCUCAAAGUGCUCAUUUGAUUUAGUUCGAGAACUUCCAUUUACUUUGGGGCAAUGCGUCUUUAAACCGAUUCAUGACACGUCGGAAGUCAAAAACAUGUUUUCGAUCUUAUUAAGAGAAUAUAAGACGAUAAGAGGAGUUGCAAAGGACUUUCCGACGUUGGGGAAGUAUUCGGCGUUAACGCAAGAAGAUAAAGAAGUGUGGGAAAGUGUGAUCUACGACCAAUUUAGAUACAUUGACGACUCGAUAGAGAACAAAGAAAAGCUUCUUAAAAACAAAGAUGAGAAUUUGGCGUCAGAACUCUCGAGAAUUCAAAACUCUAAACAACGAUCGUUUUCAGUUACAAGUGGGAGCGGGAUAUCAUCAAAUAGUUCACAAUCAACGGGAUCGGGACAACAACUUUCAGAUGGGUCAUCGGUGGUUUCCUCUGAAAGUUGUUCGACUACGAUAGUUGGUGUGACGAAACCCGUUACUACUACUGUUCCAUUGAUAACUCCAACUGAAGUCCAAAAACCACCGAAACCAUUUUCUAUACAACACAUCACAUCGAACCCGGGGAGUUUAAUUACAAGUGGUAACGUCAUUGCGGUGGUCACGAAGUAUUUAUCUGACUGGGAGAACACUGAAAAGAGUUCAAAUGAUAACGACUUUUUCAAAGCGAUUGACGAGAGAAUGAUGGGAGAGAAAGAAAAGGCCCACUACAGGAGAGUCUUCCAUGAGAUGACGGAGACGGAGAGAAUACAUUUGAAUGGGUUGAAGAUAUUGAAAGAAGUCUAUUUAACACCUAUUACCAAAUCAAGUGUACAGGAUACCGUCACAUUUGUAAAACCAAUCGUUUCACAAAUCGAUUUGCUUCUAACAACUCACCAGAAGUUUCUGGAGAUGAUGGAGAAAGCUGAACAUGUUUCUGAAGGCGAGUUUCCGAUUAUUGGAGCGGACUUUGUUAAGAAUAUCCAAUUCCUCAAAAUGGCUGCUACUUAUAUUUCAAAGUACUCAACGUAUUUAAUGGGCAUCACUGAUAUUCUUAAUAAAGAAAAAGACGUCGUGAGAAAUCAGAACAAAGCAAAGGCCGAAUAUUUAAAAGUACACGAAGGCUCUAAAGUUGAAAUGAUCUCGUUCUAUUUAAUUACACCAAUUCAACGAAUUCCACGAUACGAAUUACUGAUUAGAGAUAUGUUAAAGGACGUCGGUAAAGACUUUCCCGAUGUCGAACAGUUAAAGAAAGCGUAUUUACAAGCUAAAGAAUGUGGGAGAGGUGUUAAUCAGACUCGUAUGCAAAUUGAAGAAGGCGAGAAGAUGACAUUAGUGAAAAAUGCGAUUGACAACUUCCCACAACUUGAGAAUGUCUCUUCUCGAAAAUUCAUCUGUUGUGGUCCACUACUGUCUGUGAUGAAUAUGAAAGACUUUCCGUCGAACAUGGUCUUUGUCUUUUUGUUCAAUGAUCUUCUCAUCGAGACCAAAGUUGUGAAAUACAAUAAAGUUGAAAUGAAAAAUGAAAGUACUUACGAUCCAGUCCUCUUUAAAGAACUCUCUGAGAUCAAAGCGAUCGAAGACAUUAAUGUGGCGCACUUUGAGUUUAAUUCCAUUUUCUUUCUUCGGCCGAACUCUAAAGUCAUGGCACAAAACGACUCGAUGAUGGUGAAGAAUGUCUUCAUGUUCAUGGCGUUUGAAGAAAUUGAGAAAAAUGGGGUUAAAAGUGAGACCCACACAUGUCCCAAAUAUUCGGCGAUUUCUGAAGACCAGAAGGAGGCGUGGAAGUCCGUGAUUAACGACCAAAUUGCUUGUAUGAAAGAGAAAGAAGAGAAGUUGAAGAAGACACAAGAGAAGAUACAAAACAUCUCGGAGCUCCCAAUCGUCGAAAAGGUGUCAACGAAGGUGUUUGACCGCUCGUGUGCGAAAUUUUCAACGCCCCGUGUUGGGACGUUGGUUACAAGUGCGGGGCCCAUAUCGACUGUCUUAAAAGCAUUACAAGACGGAAUUAAUAAUUCUGAACAAGAGGUGAAACACUUGUUUGAGAGUGUGGCGAAGAAAGAAAUGAAUAAAGACGAUGAGAAGAGAUAUAUGGCGGUCUUGAGAGAUCUCCGGCAUUUGGAAACAAGUCAUUUGUGGGCACUGAAGACACUGAAAGAGGUUUAUUUAGUCCCAAUGAGUAAGUCAGUAUCGAAGGAACAAAUGUCAAAUGUCAACGAUUGUAUUGCACAAGUCGAAAUUAUGUUAAAUAUCCACGGCGAUUUUUUGAAAACGUUUAAUAAAGCAAAACACAGAACUGCGGAAGGGAAGGUCCCACAGAUUAUGGCGGAGUUUAUGAAAAAUAUUCAAUUUUUAAAAAUGGAGUCAACAUAUAUAACCAAUUUCAACGUCUAUAAACGCUUGUUUAAUGAAUAUAUGAAGGAAUCAGUUGUUCAAAAAAUGAUUCAAAAAGCGAAAGACGACUUUUUCAAACAGAUGAAAGACAAGAUGCCGAUUGAAUCGUUUGAGUUCUGUCUGCAACAACCGUUGACACAAACACCAAGGUAUGAGAACUUCUUGAAGGCGAUGUUAAAACACGUUGGGAAGAAUUUUGAAGAGUUGGGAGAACUGAAGAAGACGUAUUUGGAUGCGCAAGAGUGCACGAGAGAUGCUGUAAUAAUGAAGAGUCAAUUAGAAGAGAAUGAGAAGACGGUGACUAUACGAGACUUGAUCAUUGGGACGUUUUCGAAUGAUGUGAUAUCAACACGGAAAUACCUUUGUUCAGGGCCCCUCUUUGUAGUUGAGAAGUUAACGGAGGUACCACAGAAUUGGAUGUAUUUCUUCUUAUUUAAUGAUCGGCUAGUAGAGACGGAAGUCCUGUCGUAUGAUGGUAAGCCGAUUAAAGAUAAAUUGGAUGCGUUUGGGAAAUUGCGAGUUGCCAAAAUGAUAGAGGACUUGAAGGUGUUUAAAUAUAAAAUAGUCAAAGAGUUCAUCUUUAAUCCGGAAACCACGUUGGAAGUGCAUCCGUCGAAUACCCAAUGCAAAUUUGUGAUCUUAUUGAAAAUCUCACAAAUUCCUUUCCGAUUUUCAUGUUCGACGGAAAGCGAGUGCGACGCGUGGAACUCGAUCAUCUUUGAUCAAAUUGAAAAGAUGAAAGAAGUUGUGAAGACGAAGGAACAAGCAAAGAGCUCGGCAGUCAGUUUUGAACUCCAAAUGAAUUCACCAAGGAAAUUCACGGAACUGCAACCACAAACGAUCGAAUCAUCACAAAGAGUGAGUUCAGAGUCGUCACCACGAAGAGCGCAAUCACUCGAACCAGAGAAAAUCAAUACCGACCAAAAGUUCGUGGCAAGAACACCAAGAAAUAAUAAAACGAACGAAAAACUCCCCGGAUCACCACUCGCAAGAAGAAACAGAAGAGUAAAUGAAGACGAAAAGAUGCAAGAACUGUUUAAACUGCAACAAGAGAAUUCACACAAAUAA